AUGGCGCGCCCAACCCGCAUCCCAUCCCAACCAGACCUCUCUCCAACAUACAGCCCGGCCUCACCCUCUCGGUCAACCGCUGAGCCUGUCCGACGCAAUCUUUUCUCUGCACACCUCUCCCGCCGGCUAAUAUCCUCGCAGCCGGAACAACAGCAACCUCCUCCGCCACCGCAGUACCGCAACAUCUCACCCUUCGCCUCUCCGCCCCGCCUGACCCCAACGACAGAGCUGCCACCAUCUCUCAGUGGCACCUACGACCCGAGCCAGUCGCCACACCGGCCGCUGUCGCCGCGGACAUCAGCCACCAUCUUCCCUUCCAAUUCGAUUGUCGCCAUAAAUCCAGCCACCGGGCGGCCUCUGAUACCGCAACUGCCCACGCUGCCUGCACAUCUCACACUCGAGGACGAUGAAGAAGAGGACGACGAGCCAGAGGAGGGAGACGACAUCUCGCCUGCCGAGGAGCAAGGUGUCGAUGAAUCACGACAGAUGCAAUACACGACGCUCGAACCACCACCACCUCGAUCUGUAGACCCAUUCACGACAGACUAUUCAGCACGCGACCCUCAUCUGGACUACGAUGCCGCCUACUCCCAGCAUCGCCGGCACCACCACGACCCUCACACUCUCCAUCACCAGACACACCCGUACCCGGAAGAAGACUCCGUCAGACCAUACGCCGCAGAAGCAGCCCACAUCAAUGACCUCAUGUCUCGGUAUCGCGCUCGGCAGCAGCCUCAGCCUCAGUCUCAGACUCGCAUUCUCCACCAACGUGCACAGUCACAGCACCAGCCGCAAACAACAUCGCAGCAACAUGCGCCACAUGGGCAGCACCAGCGAACAAAAUCUCACACCACUGCCCACCGAGAAUUGAGCCCCAGCCAGCACCGGCUAGCGGGAGAAGACGAAGAGGACGACCCAGUGGCCGCAGAAGAGAAAGCCGAGCUAAUGGCGCAUCUAAUGGCAAAGCUCCGCAGAGUAGUCGAGAGUGCGGAGGCGGACGCGUGGAUGUUUGGCGAGGCGGACUCCUUUGCUGCACAGCGGGAUCUCGGAGGCUUGGGCAUCGAUGGAGCGGGCGCUGGGAAUGCUGGCGUCACUGCUGGCGGCGGUGGCGGGCAAUUCGGAGGCGCGAACUGA